AUGGCCGUCGACGCCGAUAGACAAGCCAAACACUGCGACCAAUGUCAGAGGCACGCUCCAGUUUCUAAGCUUCCUCCGGAGAACCUCAAGUCCAUAAGCUCACCGUGGCCCAUCAGAAAGCGGGGCAUGGACAUAGUAGGGAAAUUCCCUAUGGCGACGGGGCAUAAGGUCUUCCUUCUAGUUGUCACUGACUACUUCCCCAAAUGGGUCAAAGCAGAAGCACUCAGCCGGAUAACAUACCUCAAGAUCCGCAAAUUCCUGUGGACCUACGUAAUCGCUCGCUUCGGGGUCCCCCACGAGAUUGUCACCGACAACGGACCCCAGUUCACGAGUCACAACUUCAAGGAGUUCUGCAAGGACUAG